AUGUCUGAUCGCUCCCCACUACCCACACCGGAGGCACCUACCGGCACACCCUUGAGGAUUCCUAUACACCCUAGGCCUCCAGAAACCAACACUCAGCCCCUCAUAAACAGCGCCGCCCCUGAGAUGCCGCCUCACAAGCUCAACCACAGCAAGCGAGGGAAAGUCUCCAGCGCGAAAUGGGAGGAACACAAAGAUACCCUUUACAACCUUUACAUUGUAGAAGGAUUGACAUUGGAGAAAACCAUGACCUCCAUGGAGAAGCAGCAUGACUUUCAAGCCUCAAAAGCGAUGUACAGACACCGUUUCAAAUCCUGGGGGAUGUUUAAGAAGUCGAGGAAGGCCAAUGUUCAUAAAGACGUCGCUCGGCACCCGGAAGAGACGCAGAAUAGCGACAGCGAGGUCUCAUCUUCUGCCAACACAGUCUCUGGGACGCGAGUGCAACGCUAUCUGACCAAGCACGGAGUGUCCAUUCCGGAGAAAACCACCAGUACCGUACCGGCUUCCGACGCCAAUGAUGCGGGCUCGCCUAUGGCCACGGGAACUCCAGCGAAGGCCCCAGCAGAGAAGGCAUCUUGCGCGCUCUUCCUCCCGGCUGGCUUCAAAAGUCCCCUUGAUUACCAACAUUUCCUUCCUGGUGGGAGAAUAAUCGUUAUCGAUGGGAUUCUCACCCUGCAAGCCGAGGUCAUCCGACUGAUUUCAGAUGGGCAGCUCAACGACGCGAUCGUGAGACUUCGCAAUGCAUUAAUCACGCUGCUAGACGUCUUCACACCAACCCAUCCAAACAUAGUAGGAACAGCUUGGCAUCUAGUUGAUGUCUAUGCCUUGAAUCAAGAUAUCCAGGGUGCAGACAAAGUCAUCGACUGGAUAUCCAGUGGCUACAGUAAAGAGCUGGGCCUCUUACACCCUCGAACCUUGUACCAUUACCAGCGUGUCGUCGGAAAACUUGAAGCCUCUCGGCGAAGUAAUGACGCCAGAUCAUUGGGAUUCCGUCUCUUCACUGCGAUCCGUGACAACGCCCCGCCCACCAAGAUCAUCUCAGUCCUCCAACCCGUGGUAUCUGAUGACGAGCUCGCGGGUAUUACCGAGAGCCCCGAAUUUCAGCGCAUCUUCAGCAAGCCGUCCGACGUGGGCCAAAUGGACCAGCAGCUGAGGUUGGCUACCCUCUGGUCCUUGGCCAGGCUUCCUGGAAUGCAGCUGGUGGCACAGAAGCUGAUUUCGGACUUUGGAUCUCUUCCUUUGGACCUUCGGGGCCGAGAAGUAGAGGCAAGGUGCAUCUACAUCUGGGGUUUGGUCGAUGAAAAGGCUCUCGAGACUGCCAGGUCGGAAUGCCUCAUCGCUCGGAACAUACUGACUCAUCUGGUCCUCCACGCCAGUCCCCAGCGCAUAACAGAGCUCAUCCCACUUGCCGAAGAACUGCAGUACAUGCACCGUAUUGCGGAAGACACUUCUGGGGCCAAGGCCAUGGGGGAAUGGAUAAUGGACUUGGUUCGAUACCGGAUCUUCAAGCCGUUCUGGGGGAUUUACAGCCAGGAUACAAAUGCCAAACUAAUAGACCACUUCACAUGCAUUGGUUUGAGGUGUCAAAACGGCUUUAAGCAAAGGGGGGCGCUGCUUUGGUUUACUUUCGCCUACAAGACCUCAAUCAAUGUAUUGGGGAAUGACCACCCCACCUCGCUACGGCUUGAAAAGGCAAUCAAAGACCGAUAUUUCGAUGAUGGAAAAGAAGUUUUUAACGGGUUUAAACUUCCUCGAUAG